AUGAUGGUGGCACGAUUCAUCUGUGGUUGCGGAUCGGGAAACAUGGCUCUUCUCAGGGCAUACGUGGCGACGUCAUCUUCCAAGCAAGAUCGUGCACGUGCAAUUGCCAUUGUGAGCGGAGGAGUCGCAACAGGAACGCUCAUUGGGCCAGCUUUCCAGUUGCUCUUCACACCUCUUGGGCCGAACGGUGUUCACGUUCUUCCAUUCCUUCGACUGAGCAUUUAUAACGCACCAGCAUUAUUUGCCCUAUUAUUGAAUAUGUUAGGAUUUCUGGCUAUCGUAUUCGUGUUCGUUGAGAAUUACGAUGUGCUAAACACAGCGACCACUGAGGAGAAAACGGAAUUGCCAUCACCGUGCUUGAUGGCUGUGGCUAUUUGUGCCUCGACACGAUUCGUUCAAAUAUUCGCUUCUGCAUCGUCGGGAACGUACGUUGAAAGUAAAAUUGCAGAAAAAUAA